AAUGCACCUUAUUGGAGUUCACCCGCCAUAAAACCAUAAGACAGAAAAAGAAGAAGAGUUCAACCCGGGCUUUCAAAGAGCCGGUUGGCGACUGGAUUACCAUUUGCUACACAUUUGUAUCCUACUGUACAUGAAAUGAAGUACAAGAAGUAUCUCGUGGAGAAUAAAGACAUUCCUAGAACAACACAGCAUCGCUGGAGAAGACGAAUCCGACAUGUUGGAGUGCAAGGACAACAAAAUGCUUUUGUUGGUGUUUUUCAGCAAAACCCAGCUUUGUUUGACAUGCCUAUCAAGCAAAUGAGCGAUACUUUGCAGCAGAACCAAACUUCUGAAGAACAGAACCCAGUUGUGACCAUCAGCCCUGCAGAGACAUCCAGUCAGCAGGUUUUUGCAGAUGUUGAUGACAUACAACAUGAUCUGGAUACAUCUGACAGGUCAUUGCAGGUUUUUGCAGAUGUUGAUGACAGACAUGAUGGUCUGGAUGCACCUGACAGGUCCUUGCAGCAACAAGUUUGUAAGGAAUCAAUUCUACCUCAUACUACAAGCAUUCAACAUGAUGAAGUGGAAGUCGAUGUGCAGAUGCUUUCCUGUGAAGAACAGACAACAUCUGACUACCAAGAAGAGUCGAGUGAUCAUGGCAGUAAGGACAUGCAACAUGGCAAAGACAUUAGAGAGAAUGAAAUUAUGGGGAAAACACCCAUAAAUGGAAGCCACGUUCCUCCUUUAUGGACAAUGUCAGAAUACAGUGAGAAAGCACUUCAGGAGCAAAAAAGAAAAGAGCAUGAGUUGCUCAUUCUAGCACUAAAAUUAAAACAUGAUUUGACUGAUGAAGCACUAGGGGACAUACUUAAAGUCAUAAAUGCUGUAACUGGUAAACAGUCACUUUCAACUACUAAAUAUAAUUUUUACAAAAACAUGAAUGAUUAUAAGGACUAUAUUCUUAUCAAGCAUUUCUGUUCAGAUUGUUCUAUCUUCAUGGAAACAAAAGAUGAAAGUGUAAGUUGCAAAAUUUGUGGCAAACAGGUUGAAGCAAAGGAGCAUAUAAAAUCAGGAAACUUUUUCAUUGUUCUCCCUUUAGAAGUGCAACUACGAAAUAUUAUUGCACAACAUUCGUUUUCGCAGUUGACAUUCAAUAACAAGGAUAAAUUAAAUGCUCACUUUGGUGAUGUAUGUGAUGGUCUGCUCUACCAAAAGACUUUAAAAACCUUCACACCUCUUAAUGAUUGCCCCAACUUUUCAAUCACUUUUAGCUGUGAUGGUGUUCCUUUAUUUAAAUCCUCUUCGCAGUCUAUGGCCAGUAUUAUGCACUUUAAAUGAACUACCCCCCAAUCUGAGAUCUGACCAUAUUAUGUUGACAGCAUUGUGGUUUGGAGCUAAGA